UUUCUUUUUUACUUUUGAACAUUCAUUUCCGGUUUGAUCUCUUAUUGCUUAUUCUUCUCAUGAUUCUGGUUCUCGACAGUUUAUAUAACGAUGAUUCAUACAAAAGAUUUUGCAGAGCAGUUGCAGAUUUUAUAAGUUUCAGCAAUGUGACAGGCUAGGUUGGUUAUAAAACCUACUCCUUCCCACUAUCUAUGGAUCCACGGAUUACCUCGGGUGUAUUUCAAAGUUAACAUAGAAUCCAUGUGAUGAAAGAGUUGCUAAGUGCUGUUCAAAACUUGUGCCAAAAGUGGAAAAGCAUAAGCCUGAGGGAACAGAUGAAAACCAAAAAUUUCUAUAUUAUGAUAGCCUUCUUGGCAGCAACGUCCAUGUCACUGUGGUUGCUCAGUAAUCCAACACCAAAUUUCAACACGAUAGUUGCCCAAACUCAUAAACAAAUCAACAAUUUCAAAAACAUUCCCAGCAACAUUCGCAGUUCAAGUCAAGAGGAUUUUCAUGUGGACCAGAAGUUGUUGAAGAAACUUGGAUUUGAUGUGGAUCCAAAUGACCCAGAAGAUGUACUGAAGUUCAGUAUAGAAGAAGUUAAAAAGAUCAAUGCUACAAUCAACAAACCUAUAAUAGCUGUGGCCACUCUUCCAAAAUCCUUUGAUAAAACAAUGGCACUUAUAAAAUCAGCCAGUCAAUUUCUACCCGAAGUUCCUAUUUAUAUAUAUGACCUUGGUUUAAGCUACCAUAAACAUUUACAGUUGACUGUUCAUUGCAACAAGACCUCGUCAUGCUCUGUAAGGAUGUUUGAAUUUGAUGACUAUCCAUCCCACCUGAGAGAUAUCUCUGUACCCAGCUACAGGCCAGUUCUCAUACAGAAACUUUUAAAUGAUAAUGGAACUGUGAUAUGGGUCGAGCCGUCAGAAGACAGUUUUAUAUCGGGUGACAUAAAGCCGUUACUGAAGAGAGCUCAAAGCGAAGGGAUCGUUGCAUGGACGAGUAAAUACCCUGUUUCAACUAUCACUUAUGACAAAAUGUAUAAAUACUUCAAAGCUUCAGCUGAUCAGUAUUACUUCCUGGAAACAGCUCAAGCUAAUCACCUGAUUCUCCACAACACAGAGGAACUACACAGCCAAGUGAUGCUUCCCUGGGUGAAGUGUGCUUUGUCUAGUGACUGCAUUAAUCCUGUGGGGGCCUCGGACACGGGGUGCACAGACAGGAAGCCCUUGUAUCUCUACAGGGGUUGCCAUAAGUAUGAUGUGGCAGCUCUUAAUAUCAUUUUAGGACAAGUAUUUCAUUAUGAUGAAAGUCAUUAUAAGACUAAGGAAAAAUUAUUUGGAGUGCCAGAGGAGAAGCAUUCGACUUUAUCAGGUAAUUUGUCUAGUUCUGACAUUAGUCCACUUUCUUUGGUAGAUUCAUCAUCCAAGGCCAGUGCACUUGAAUUGUCAAAGUACUUGGUUUUCUGUUAUAUAAGUAUUGUGUAUAACAAUUUAAAUUCUGAAUUUCUACUGUAAAGGAAAUUAUUUGAGGUUAAGUGUUUUAUGUGUAUUUAGAUAUUGAUAGUUUGGGAAUUUUAAGAAUGACAUACUUGAUAAAUGUGGGGUUCCCCCCUGCUACAUACAAAGCUAUAAAGGUUUUUUGUUUUUUACUCCAUGUAAACUUUAAAAAAGUAAAGUUAGCACAUGGUAUCUGGAUAUAGACCACUCUUUUUAUUUGUAUCAAAUCUGUAAUUUCACUUCUAAAAUUGUACUCAGAUUAUUUUAUAUUCCAAUUAUUACAUUACAAUUCUUUUUAUCUUUAUCUCGGUGUGAAUUUUUUUUUUACUUGAUUUUUCACUAUAAUUGCAAAGAAUGGUAGUCCAGUUUUGACCUUUCAUACUCUUUUGUAGAGAAGUCUUUUCCCUUUAAUUUGUAGACAGAUUUCUGAUACUCAUACAUGUGGAUAUACAUUUACACUGUAUUUCUCUCAACCUGCAUGCUUGCAUGUAUUCUUGGUGCUUAAUUUUCCCCAUUUUUUUUAUUUUCAGGGAUCCCAAUGCAUGCCUGACUUUGGAUAAGUACAUCCAUGCAUUUUUGAAAAAAUGUGAUACUGUAUUAUGCAUGUUUAGUAAGUGAUGUGAAAUAUUCAUCACAUUAAUUAAGUAAAGGUGCAAUAGUGUUGUAUGAAUGGUAAAUGUCUGAGUGUGAAAUUAAAGAAUCUGUGAAGUUAAAGAAUCUGUACAGUAUAGCAAAUCUUUAGUAAAGUAACAGUCAUGUUUAUUUUUCUUGAUAUUUGUGAUAGUAAAACUAAUUUAAAAGUGCAAAUAUUUUCAUACCCCUGUCUCUUUCAUAUAAAUGUACAAAAUGUUGUUCUUUAAGUGUAUUAUUUUUUUAUUGGGAAAGUAAAUAAAAAUUGCAGCAGUCAUUUUGAUUCAGGCAUAUAUAGUUUCAAACAGAAUUAACUUGCCUAUAUAUUCAUGUGUUUGUAUUUGCACACUUGUGUGUUUUAGCCUUAUAUGUAUGCGGUUUAAGCCUCACAUCUUAUUAAGUUUUCUCUAACUUGCUGGAAUGACACUUUACAUAAAAAGAUAUGUUCCUAUGGUUUUUUAAAGAUUAAACUUGAAAGGUCAAGCAUUGGCAGGGGAAUUCUGGAAUUCCUUAUGUACAAAAUUUAAGUUUCAUCAUUUUCUUUUUUGAUUUUAAACAAACUUUCAGGUAUGAUCAAUACACGUUGCAAAAGAUAGCGUACCUGAGCUAUACUCAAGUGAGCUUUCCUGAUCACCUGUUGUUUGUAGUCCACCUGUCCAUCUGUAAACUAUACACCUUUUCCACUUCUUCUCUAGAACCACAGAGUCAUUUUCAACCUAACUUGGUACAAAGUAUCCUUGGGUAAAGGGAUUUCAAAAUUGAUCAAAUAAAGGUCAUGCCUUUUCCAAGAGGAUAGGGUCAAUUAAAAACCUGGAUUCAAGUUUGGCUAGGUCAUGAUCCUGUGGGGCUAAUAUUGGGUUGUAAUAUGAAGUCAAAAUUCUUUGUGGGAAUAAAUUGGGUAAAAAAUCUUAUAAUUUUUCUUCUGAAGAAGAACAGCAGGACUAAGGUUACUUGGGUGAGCAUUGUGGCCUCUUGUUCUUCUCAGGUUUUUAAGUCGGUGUAGGUCAAAGUAACUGGAGGGGCAAUUUCAUUUUAUAUUUAGGGUUGAUACAUUACCUUGCAGGAUGAUAUAUUUUUUCAAGGUCAUUGUAAAGGUUAAGGUCACUGAAUAGAAAUUCUAUGUGUACAAGAUUUAAACUGCAUUGCAUAUCUGAUUUUUAUCAAACUUUCAAGAAUCACCAUGUAAUGAGAUCUGUGUACCUGUUGGAUUUUUGUGUUAUAUUAUGUUCACUUGUAAGAGGAACUAGAAGAGUUAUACUAGUUUUCAUCUGGUCAUAAACUUUCAUGAAAUGGUACAUGUACACAAUUUGGAUAAAAAUUUGGACUCAGAUUGGUUUUUAAGGUCAAAUGUGAAAGGUCAAGGUUACUAGAGUGGAGAUUCCAAAAGUUCCUGUAUGCAGGAUUUGUGUAUUUUGUACACUUUUGACUCAGUUUUCAUCAAACUUUCAGAGAUCUGAAUUCCUAUUGAUUUUGAAGGUCAGAUUGGUCCAUGUAUGGGACCCCCCCCCCCCCCAACCCCCAAUUUGAGGAUAUUCAUGUGAGAAUAUAAAAGGUGGAGGUCACUGGAUGGGGAAUUCCAGUUUUCCUUUUAUGCAAGGCUUUUUAUUUGUAUAUAAUGCCUAUUUAUGCUUCGGGGAUAUUGUUAUGCAUAGAGAUCUGGGUUUUAUGUGGUUUUGAAAAUCAACAGGGAAAAGUCAACAGGGAAAAGUCAACUAGGGAAAAUCAACAGGGGGGGGGGGGGGGGGGGUCAACAGGGGAAAAUCAACAGGGGGGAAGUCAACAGGGGAUAGUUAUCAGGGGAAAAUCAGGGAGAACAAAGGGAUGCUCCACUGUGUAGUUCUUGUUAGUAUAUGGAAUUUGAACAAUUGCUUGAAACCCAAUUACAAUUCAUUCUUUGAAUUGUAAAUAUUCAUAUUAUAGUGUGUUAUAGUGUAGAUAAACUAUAUAUUAUCAAAUGAAAGAACACAUUCCACGAAAUUAUAUAUAAUGUAUGGUGACUACUUGAAUUAACUUAUUUUGGAGUCAUUUUAGGUUAAGUAUUUUUACUGGUAAAACUGCAUUUGAAACAGGACUGUGGGGUUGUUUUUGGUUUAAUGUGAAACUUGGAUUUUCCAGUAGUAGUAGGUUUACAUUACAGAUAUUAAUUCUAAUAAUUCAACAAAGAAAGUACUCACACUUGAAGUGUCAACUACUUGGUGAUUUAACAUGGGAAUAAUUUGUGAUUUAGAUUAUAUAAGUGUGACACUUCUGAAAGGCAUUCACUGUUUAAAUGUACAUUGUAUAUCAAUCAUUAUACGGUGUUGAUUUUGUAAAUGUAUAGUUUUUGUGUUUGAAUUAGAUCAAAACCAUCACAAUGAUAUGUGACUAUUAUACAGAUUUCAUUAACUUAUGUAUCAAUGUAUAAAAUACAAUGAAUGACUUUAGCAUUUGAGGGUUGAAUUGAAAGUUAUUUAAAUAGUGACUAUGUAUUUAUUUUCUUUGUAAAAAUUACAUGUAUACAUACUUUGUAUAUAUUCAAAUGUUUCAAUUUAGAAUAGUUUAUAUGGUUGUUGGAGAAUCCAGUUUUUAAAAUAUGCUAACAUGUUAAAUGUUAAUCUUGAGAUUGUCGUAGACAUAACUGGUUUGUGUUUCAAAAUAGUAAAUCUCACAGUAGCUUCAGAAAUUAGAGAUGGAGUAAAUUCAUGGUGUUAGAAAAACAUGCAAGGACCAAUUUACAGGCAUUGCCUGCUGUCUAACUUUCAUUCAUUUUUGAUAUAUAAAUAUUGUUAAAAUUAUUUACACUUGUAUAGAGAAACCUCUGCAAUGUUAAAUCACAAAUUGUUGAUUUUAACUUUAAAAUUUGGUUUUACUGUAAAUUUGUAAUGUACAAGUGUAAUUGAUGACCAAACUAAACUUUUGUGUUUUGGUUUUAUUGAACCAAAUCAUUAAAGUUUUGUGUGUUUAAAGAUUAGUAAUGUUGUUUUGUAUAAACUAGUCAGUUCUGCAUGGAUUUUGUUUUCUAUGGGUAUGGAAAAAAAUUAUGGACGAAGAAAUUUUUUUUUGCACAUUUCAUUAUAUUAAUCUUCAAAUAUAGGUAGAGAAAUACCACAGAUAAAGAAAUAACAUGACACAUCUAUUACCAUGGAAAUUACAUUUAUUAGUUGCCUAUUUAGUUGUACAUUGUGUAAAUCUAUUUGUUGUUUGAUGUAAUGAGUUGUUAUGUGUUACCAAUAAAAUGGUUACAAUCUCUGA